CUUGGCCCUGUCCACCUCCUCAGCGCACAGAUCUCACCAUGUCCGGCGAUGCCCGCGCACCGCGGAUCAAGAACCGCGCCCCGGCGCCGGUGCAGAUCUCUGCGGAACAGCUGCUGCGCGAAGCACAAGAGCGCCAGGAUGCUCCUUUUCGCGCAACGACCCAAAAGGUCGAGGACCUGGAGGAGCUAGAAGAGUACCGGGGUCGGAAGCGGACAGAAUUCGAGGAGCAGAUCCGGCGAACAAGGAUCAACAUCUCAGCAUGGAUCAAGUACGCUGUCUGGGAGGCAAGCCAAGGCGAGAUGGCGAGAAGUCGGAGCGUAUACGAGAGGGCGCUCGACGUGGACCCUCACGAUAUGCGCCUGUGGCUCAGGUACGUCGAGACGGAGCUCAAGGCGCGUAACAUCCAGCACGCAAGGAACCUCCUGGAUCGUGCCGUCUCGGUGCUCCCGAGAUUAGACCAGCUCUGGUACAAGUAUGUCCACCUCGAGGAGCUUCUGGGCAACGUCGGUGGUGCCCGGCAGGUGUUUGAGAGAUGGAUGAGCUGGGAGCCUGAUGAGAAGGCCUGGGCGGCCUACAUCGGCCUCGAAGUGCGCUACAGCGAGCUUGAACGAGCAAGCGAGAUCUGGCAGCGAUGUGUGACGUGCCAUCCGGAGCCGAAGCAGUGGAUCAAGUGGUCCAAGUUUGAAGAGGAGCGGGGGGCUGUCGAUCGGGCUCGAGAGGUCUUCACGAUGGCGCUAGAAUUCUUUGGCGACGACGAAGACCGCAUGGAAAAGGCUCAAACAGUUUACACUGCAUUUGCCAAAAUGGAGACGAGGGCUCGCGAAUACGACCGGGCCAGGGUGAUCUACAAGUACGCACUCGAGAGGCUUCCUAGGACAAAGUCGGUGGGCAUCUACUCGAGCUACACACGCUUCGAGAAGCAAUUCGGAACGAGGCAGGGCGUCGAGGAUACUGUCUUGGGAAAGCGAAGGAUCCAAUAUGAAGAGGAGUUGGCCAGCAGCGAAGGUGCAAAGAGCAAUUAUGAUACUUGGUUCGACUAUACCCGUCUUGAAGAGGACGCAUAUCGGUCGCUCAUAGCAUCUGGUGCCGCACCCGACUCCAAGGAAGCGACCACAGCGCGAUCGAGAGUGCGCGACACAUACGAGCGAGCCGUCGCAAACGUGCCACCGAGCCAAGAGAAGCGUCAUUGGCGACGAUACAUCUUCCUCUGGCUUUCCUACGCCCUCUUCGAAGAGAUUGACGUCCAGGAUUACGAUCGAGCGCGCGAAGUAUACAAGGCGGCCAUCUCCCUCGUACCGCACAAGGUGUUUACUUUUGCCAAGCUCUGGCUGAACUACGCUCACUUUGAGGUACGCCGUUUGGACCUCAACGCUGCGCGCAAGAUCCUUGGUACGGGUAUUGGUAUGGCCUCAAAGGAGCGUCUCUUCCGGGGCUACGUCGACCUGGAGCUCUCCCUCAAAGAGUUUGAUCGAGCGCGCAAGAUCUACGAGCGUGCCCUGGAAUGGGACCCGACGAAUGCCAGGACCUGGAUCCGCUUCGCCGAGCUCGAACGCAACCUCUUCGACACGGAACGAGCCCGGGGCAUCUUCGAUCUGGCGACUAGGCAAUCUGCGCCAGGAUUGGACAUGCCCGAAGUGCUGUGGAAGGCAUAUAUCGACUUCGAAUUCGAAGAGAGAGACUGGGAAAGGGUGACAAACCUGUAUGAGCGAUUGUUGGCGAGGACGGGUCACGUCAAGGUCUGGAUCUCAUAUGCACUAGCCCAGAUCGGCGCUGCCAUUGCCGAAGAGGAGGAUGAGGAUGAUGAAGAAGAGGAGGAGGAAGAGGAAGAGGAGGGAGCAGAAGAGAACCCGCCAAAGAAGGAGCUUAGCCCAGAGGAGGUUGAGGUUAGGCUCGAGAGGCGCGAGGAAGCCUGCAAGCAGACACGCAAGAUCUUUGAGCGCGGAUACCAGGACCUUAAGAUGCGUGGGCUCAAAGAGGAGCGUGUCGUCCUUCUCGAGGCGUGGAAGGCAUUUGAGCGCGAGCACGGCCGAACACGUGUGGAGCUCGAGUCGGGCGAGGUUGGCGAAGAGGAAAGCGAGCGCUUCAAAGCGGUGCAGAGCAAGAUGCCGAGAGUCGUCAAGAAGAGACGGACAGACGAGUAUGGCGAAGCGGCAGAGGAGUACUACGACAUGCUCUUCCCGGACGACGACGAGAACAAGGGAAAGCCGUCGUUUGCCUUCUUGCAGGCCGCCCAUGCUUGGAGACAAAAACAGCAGCAGGAGGCCGCCGCUGCCGCCGCUACAGAGUCAAAUUCGCCGGAUGCUCAAGACUCAGACGAUGCUGGCGGGUCCGAUGAGGAAAACGACGAAAAGAUGCGAGUCGAUGAGGAAGACGAAGACUAGGCCGUUCCCUCCCUACCUCCCUACUUGUACAGUAUUCACACCAAGCAACGAACAGAUCUCACCCUGCAGAAACAGAGACCCCGUGAGGAUAAAAAUUACCACGGGCUUGAAGGAAGCUGAUCCGAAAGGAUGAUGCAUGAUGACAGGGCUC